AUGGAAGGCGCGCGUGAUGAAAUCCAGCAUCCUUUCGGUGCUCGGCUCUCAGUCUCUCGUAAUGGCGAAACAAGGACGAGUUUUCGAGCCGUGGCGGUGGUGCCGCACCUUGGAGGAUUACCGAGGCGAAGUAGUAGCGUCUUACACAACAUCCGUGGUCGUGCAUUGCCAUUUUCAGCUAAUAGCGGACCCCCAAAAGUACACGAUAAAGCGGAUUCCCCCACUCGAUCGGAUGUUCAACGUGUGAGAAGUUUUACUCAAGCCAUUCGAGGAUUUUCAACAGAGCCUGUAAGAUCGCUCGAUAGUCUUGCGGUGUUACGACAGGAUAGCGACAGAUCCAGCAAUGGCCAGCAGAUCACCAUGGAGACACCAGGAGUAGAUUCCAGAGGUUUACCUCGUCGAAGUAGCUACGUGCUAGAGAUUCCAUCAAAUAGCCCAACCAAGUCUCGUCGUCAAACCACGUCGUUAACGAACUUUCCAGACUUGUCGGUCAUGAUUCCCAAGCCCCCUGGAGCGAUUGAAGGUUCUCCAGAGAAGAAGAAAUCUAUGGUUGGUCCUAACAUCAGCUCAGUAUCUACUGCAUCACAAAAGCGCGACGCAUUUAUCGUCUCCUUACCGCAGAAACCAGAACGACAGCCAAGCCUUCGUGUGUCCACUAUGACCUUCUUUGGGCACUCUUUCGCCCCACUUUACGAUUUCUGGGAACGACUCCAAGUGAGUCACUGUGGACAAUACUCGGUCGAGCGUAUGUUGGCACUUGACGAGUAUUGCCAACGCGUAUCUAUCGGGCGAGUAUUAGCUGUAUGUUUGCUAUUCCCCUUGGGACCAUUACUGGUGGUGGUACUUACGGAAUGUAUGCCGUUACAACCGGUGGAGAAAGGUCCCCUAAUGAAUUACGUAUUCUGGAUACGGCAUACUCUAAUGGGGAUACUGUUAGUGAUGUGCGCUAUGGUGCAGGCGAAAGCGUGGAUUCCGGAGAUGGCAAUGACGAUGAAACAGGUUCUUAUAGUGGCGAUUGGCUCUGCUUUAGUGUACACAGCGUCGAAUAUCGUGAUCGCAGAUCUGUGGGUAUUUCCGAUUCCUUUUCUCGUGGUGGCUGGUGCACCUUUAAUGUUCAGUAUUUGGGCGAUUUUGAGUCGAAUAGUAUUAAGACCGUGCCCAUUAGAGGGCGUGCAAGAUGGAAAGUUCCGUGCCCGUCAGUUUCUAUUGCUAACUGCUGUACACGCCUCACUUUUGGGCCUUUACCCAGCCUAUCAAGCGGUAUUUCUCGCACUGGACGGGUUACUACAGUUAGGGAUGAUUGCACUGUUACCGGCAAUUAACCUCGCUUUAAAAAACCUCCAGACAGCAAUCGGGUCACAUUUGGAGGAUAAUUUACCUGAAGUUAUUAUCUUCAGCAUCGACGUCUUCAGCGCGAUCUACUCCGUUCUCUGUAUGCACAGCGCUAACUCGAUGAAGAUGGUCGCAAUUACGAUUGUUUUAAACACAUUAGUCAUGUUUCUAUCACUGCAUGGGAUGAACCGUCGAUCUCGAGUCGCUCGAGCCUGUCGAUCCUUCCAACUGAUGGAGCGCCAGCAAGAAAAACUCCGCCGUCGGCAAUCAGUUCUCGACUCUGUGGUUAGAACGGCUGGUAACCCUGCGUUGCUAAGUACACUAGUUGAUACGAUGCUGAGGUUACUACAAGCUCCAGGUCAGCUAGACACUGCUGAACUUCAAGCCAUUCGACUGUACUCGGGGAUGCCUCAGAAGCUCUCGGAUUCAAAUGUAGCUUUACUGGAUAGUCUGGCAGCUCGAUCAGUAUACAACACCAGUCGACGCAGCUCUGACGCUAUGUCGGUAGCUCAGAUCAAGGAACGGUAUUCGUCCGCUGCGAUGGAAGGUCGUCCUCUAAGAGCCUCGGAAUUACCAGUACCUACUCCAUCCCGUUCAAAGUUAGUUCAACGACUUCGAGGGGCUGCACUGGUAAUUCCAACUGCUCGAUGGUUAAGUUUACGGAUCAGCACACGAACAAGUUCUCGUCUAAAUGAUUCUACUCGAUGUCUGUCGGAAAACCGCGAGAGUCUCAAUAAAAGUACCGAGUCGGAUGAAUCAGAAGUAGAGAAGAUACCCGCGUCACUAGCCUUGGAAUCUCCAGCUCCAAAGAUCUCGCAGCUCGUAGACGCAGCGUCAAUACCAGUUUUAAACCCCAAAACUCGUCAGAAAUCCAAUCGACGUAGUAUUGCUAACUUGUGGCAAGAAACUUCGGAGAAAUUACUACCGCUUGUCUCGAAGAAUAACCCUGUUAUCGGUAUUGUACUGGACGAGACGAGAAAGCAGAAUACCAGAGCCGUUAAGCAGACACUCCAGUUGUUGUUUAACAACGAGUACAUCGGACUGAUAGCGUACGCCCAGUGUAUUAUUCCGGUGUUGUACCUGCUGUACAUGCCCGCACUUCAAGCUUUGCCUAAUCACGUGUACUACCCGACACAUUAUCGAUAUUUUGGAGACGCGAUUGAAUUCGAGGAACGGAUGAUGGUGGUCGGUAUUCUAGCGCUAAUGCAGUUGCUGAUACUCGUGACGUUGCAAGUUAUUGUGAUGAAGCGGUUCGGUAUCUCGACGAUUUACCAGGUGGCGUUUGUGUUAGAGUCCCGGUUUGUGAUGUUGCAAUGUCGAGUCUUGAUGUGGCUCGUAUUUGCAGUACAGUCAACGCUUAUACACUACGGUGUCGAUUUUACUUUUCAGUUCGACUGGCUGAAGAAAUGA